AAAAAAUAAUAAAAAGUGUUCACUGUGCUCCACCUCCUUUUGUCAAAAAGCUUCCAAAACGGAGCAGAAGAACGUUUUUAUCUGCAUCCAGUCUGUCCUCAUAGCUUAAUCACUUUUAUUACACUACUCCCUUAUAACCAGGGCGAUGACCUGGAAAACCCCAAAACUUCAGGUGCCGCUGCUCUCAGCUUGUUCUACAGUUUGUCCCGACUGCUGGUGGUUUAUACAUUACUGUAUUCUCUCACAGCUUCCCUUCGCUCUAGCUAACUGCAGCAGCACUUUCUCUCCUCCCCUGCUUCUUCAGCAGCUGGAUCCGGUUGUGGACAUAAAACUUGAUGGCUCUCCAGUCUCGCUGGUUGCUCACCAGCAGGGGGCAGAGUUCCAGGCAGCGUUCACAGUCCGCCUUGGCGGGGACGCGCAGGUCCAAGAGGUUCUUCUUGAGGUGCGUCUCCACAGCUACAUGCUCCGCCUCAGACCAGGGUCUCUUCAGGACGCCGCGUUUUCCUGUGGGAAGUUGUAAUGAAGGCCAUGAGCACACGUAUAAGUUGAGUAUAUUUACGAACAAGCAGGAUAUUUUUAAUAAGUGUAGACGUAUGAAGGAAAACGGAACAAUAAAUGCUGCUCUUAAAGCCUGUAAAUUAACUCCAAAUAUGUAGUUGAAGAAUCUUUGUAGAGGAACACUGCCCUCUGUUGACUUGAGCAGAUUUUGCAACAGAGUUGACGUUUGUAGUCGAGUUCUGCAUCCCUCUUAUGUGAAAAGAAAUAAUUAAGUAUCACAAAAUCAAAGGAAAUGCCAUGAUGACUAUUUCUUUAUUGUUUAAUUCUUUAAUGCUUCUUGGAAAACCAGUUUCUCCCUGUGAAAUGGUGCCACAUUUGUAAAAGAUUUACAUGAGAAUGGGAUGAUAUUUGACAGCAUUGUGUGACCAAGUUGGUCAUCAGAAUGAAGAGGUUCCAGGAUGUUUUGGUUGUCUCUCACACAACCAAAGGCUUUGGUUUGUUAAAUGUACAUUUUUAAAUUGAGAAUAUGUCACAUUUCUUUAUAUUUCAAUUGUUCACUCCAAUAAACAAGUCUGGAUGAAAGUCUUUAACACGCCCUAAUCCCUAAAGGCCCUUGAAACCAAUGCUUGGUUACAAGAGACUCUCCAGAACAAAAAGGUACUUCAGUGGUUUUACAGAAAAAAAAAAUUUCUUCAUGUAAUUUCAAUUUGGAGUAAAACUGCUCUUGUCUGAGUACAGUUUCUGAUUACUCUACCAGUCUGUAGUAACUUCACUAAUGAAGGAGAAACAUAUUUUAACUAAAAAAUACAUCAAACACAGACAUUCACCUGCUGUUUAUAAUAAAGUCAGACUUCUGGUUUGCACACGAGCUUCUUUUAGUGAAGGCCACUAGAGACAAAAAAAACCUUUAAGAAAAUGGAUGGAUGGCUUAACAAGUUUGGUUACAUAUUUGAGGUCCGUAAUCGAAAGUAAAAGUAGCAGUCUAUUUCUAAGUAUAAGUCAAUAAUGGACUUGAAUUACCUCUAAAACCCAUCAUCGUUUUUUUAGUGGCUAUAUUUAUGUCACCUUUGAUUCACUGGGACCCAAUGGGUAAACCGAGAGUUACAAUCGCUGCUUUAACAGGUAAAUAUAACCUAGAUUUCAUUCUGUAAAGUUGAUCUCAUCAUAUCAUGAGUUGUCAAUCCUGUUGUUUUUCUCUUACAAAGAGGUUUGACACACGAUCCUCUUAUACCUCGUACAGUUUCUUAUUUAUAUUUUUUUAUGUCCCAGGUAAUCGAAUGAUUUACUUUUUGUUUCUGGGUUUUCUUUCCUCACCCGGCUGUGCUGCUCCCGAGACUUUCACGGUUUCAGUAAAGUCUACUGUCUCUGUCCAGCGAGGUCAUACAGCCAUCUUACCCUGCUGGCUCACCUUGUCUGAGAGUGCAGAAGAUUUGGAGGUACUCUGGUAUCAAGGGAGUGAUCAGUUUGGUACUCCAGUCCUGCUUUAUAAGGAAAAAGCUUUUGACUAUUCAUCCCAGAAAGCUUUGUACGCUGGUCGAGUCUCAUUCGGCUUAAAGGAAGAAACAUCAGGUGGAUUAAAGGCAGGUGAUGUCAGCCUGAAGCUGGAAAAAGCCACAAUUGAAGAUGCAGGAAAAUAUAUAUGCCUUGUCAGCAGCUCUCGUGAUUCUGACAGUGCAUCUAUUAGUCUGACUGUGACAGAAACUGGACACAAACCUCUCCUGUCAGCAGUGAUGAGAGAUGAUAACAAAGUUAACGUGAGCUGCCAAUCUGAUGGCUGGCAUCCAGAGCCUGAGCUGAGAUGGUCAGACAGCAAAACAGCUCUCAUUCCUGCUAAUCUGAUGUUUGGCAAAAACUCUGCUGGUUUUUAUUCAGUCCAUAGUUGGGUUCUGGUCUCAAGUUCUUCUGAGGUCUCCUGCUCUGUUGGGCUCUCUAAUGAGGAACCAAAGGAGACCAGAAUGCGUCUGGAAAAUUCUUUAGAAGAAGGAUCGUCCUCAGAUGGAUGGGUGGCCUUUGGGAUACUUCUGGCAGCUGUAUUAGUUGCUUUUGGAGUCUUGUACUUCCUGUUCUUCAGGAUGAAAGCUAUCAAGUCCAAAUCAGGAAAUAACACAACUGAUGGGGCCAAUCUCACAAACAUUCCUGAAGAGAAUGAAUCACUUUUGUCAAAAAAAAAUGAAUCACUUCUGUCAAAAACAACACAGUGCUCAGCAGCUCUAUUGGAAGCAUCCAAGCAUUAUGAGAAUAUUCAACUUGUGGACACAGGCAAUCCGCUAAUAAAAAUCAGGGGUUUUCGAUUGAGAGAUAAUGCUGAUGCAAAGUUUCCAGAUGGAGGCAGAGUCACCUGCCUCACUGCAGUCAGAGGAUCACCUGGUUUCUCUUCUGGACGACACUACUGGGAGGUUUCCUUACAAACUACAAAACUAGACCUCAAGACGUCCUGGUGGAUCGGAGUUACAGAUAAACAUGAAAUCCCUCAUGAUGAACGUUUGUCUCCAACCACAAAAAAUGGUUUCUGGUUCUUGUCUUCUUGCUCCAAACAGGAGGAUACUCUUCAGUUUAGCACUGAACCAGAGACAUUCAUUUAUGUUCAGUCAAAACCAAAACGAGUUGGUGUGUAUUUGGACUUUGACAACAGAGAGCUCUCCUUCUAUAAUGUGGAAGAGAAAUGUCUGUUUGGAUCUCUGGCAGCAAAAUUCACAGGUGAACUGUUCCCACUUUUUAACCCUGGGAAAGGUGACAUGGGAACUAUGAAGAUAUUACAGAGAUCUGUUCAGGAUCAGUCAAUUAACACUGAACCUGUGAAGAAACUACAGAAGGAGGAGCAGGAUCAAUCAGGUACGACUGAGAAUCCAGAGGCAGAAAGUUAAGUAUAUAUACACUUAAUUCUAUACAAGUUUAUAUAUACACUUAUAAUCAUAUAUACCUAUAUAUGAUUGAUAUUUUUUAUUUAGUUGCAUGUUUAAGUCUCUCCUAUAUUCCGACAUUCCAGCCCAAAUUACAGUUCAGUUCAGAUGAUAGUGGAGUUUAGCUGCUCAUUAGGGGGAAAACUGUAUGACUGCAGAGAACUGGAUGUUUGGCUCCUAUAAAAAUCUGUAAAAAAAAAAAAAAAAAUAGAAAAGAAAAAUCACAAUGUAUGAUUUAAAAAAUUAAUCUCCUGAUGUCUUCUCUUCAUUGAAAUCUGCAGAAUUCUGUUUUGUUGGGUUCCUCUUAUUUAUUUUUUGUUGUUCAAAUGUCCAUUCUUGUCCAUAUACAAAUGAUAAUUGUCAUAAUAUUCUAGGUAUUUGAAAACAAAACAUUCACCUUGUUGGAUCGUUAUAAUGUUAAAUUGAUGCUGAAGCUGGUUUUUGGUUUGUUGUGUGCUAUGCAAGUUAUUUUCUAGCAUGUGAGCAAACUUAGGUCCCUUAUAUCUUACCCUAGUCCUGAAAUCUGUGCUGAAGUGUCUUAAUCUGAAUAAAGUUCUUAUACAACACAA